AUGGGCACAAUCUUUUUUAACGAUCGAGAUGUAGAAUUAUAUAAUUCGCGUCAUCAGCAGCUUCCUGGUGGCGCCCUUCACUCGAAAGCUGACGGCACUUCAGUUACUACCACUUCUAAGAUGCUAACACUGGCUGGAAGUUUAUUUAUCGGUUGGUCGCAAGUGAUGAUGCAGCGUGCAUUUGCCACCGAUCCCCAAUCUACUGGUCCCCUCAUGGCAGUCUCCUCCUCCGACAUUAUGGUUGUCGGCGUUUUCUGUCACUUCGUCUACAGCGAGAGGCUUACCUUCAUGCAAGCAGUGGCCAUCGUAAUCGUCCUCACAGGUUUAGUCAUAAUGGCGGCCUUUGAUUCGAGUGUUGGUCAUUUCCUUGGUUUCGUCUACGCUGUAUUGGGCAUGCUUACAUUUGCCUCUAGCAUGCUGGCUACUCGCUACACGUGUAUCGAGGGAAUGGCAUCAGGGUCUCGUUUUACUGGGCGAAUGCUGAUGAUGUUCAUUAUGGGCUUUGCGUGUUUCGUCUGGCAGUGGUCGGAGGAAGCUUACAUAACGAACGAUGGGGAUGAUGUUAUGGCCAUGUUUUUCUGGCCGUGUAUUUCUGGUGUGGGUCAGUUCAUCGGCGUCAUUGCUCUCAACAACGCACUUGCCUAUCCGUCAACUGCCGUCGUUAACGUAAUCGUCGCAUCGAACUCUAUCAUCGGCUUGCUGCUUGCUUACUUUACUCUGGGUGUCGUCCCCACUCCCGCUAAGCUCACUGGUAUGUUCAUUGUGGUGAUGGGGGUGGUCCUAAUAACUGUGUGGAAGCAAGACACGCCUCUCACUCAUAAGGAGGCUAUCUUAGAGGAGGCCAUCGUGGAGCCACUUCUGAAUGGUGGACAUCGAGCGUCUACCAUUGUCACUGAUGAUGGUCACUGA